AUGGUAGUACUCAAACAUUACUCUAAAUUAUAUUAUACAUCUUGUAAGUUAGUAAAUACAAUUCAAAUCACCAUCCUUUAUCUUCCUCCAGGUUUAGCGAUCACCUGUUAUCAAUGCAACAGUCACAACGACUCCAGGUGUCUGAUGGACAAGCUGCCUGACUCCAUGCGACUACCCUGCGGACCCAAGGACACUAUGUGCAGGAAGAUCUCGCAGGUUGUGGAGUUCGAGUCCAACGGGAUGCCUCCAGACAACCGCAUCAUCAGAGGCUGCGGCUGGGACGACAGCAGUUACAAAGGACAAUGCUACCAGCGCUCAGGCUUUGGAGGUAGACAGGAGGUGUGCUCGUGUCUGGAAGACGGCUGUAACUCCGCCAACCUGCCCGCUAUUGGAACAGCUCUCAUGCUGAUCACCUUCGCGUUACUUAGGUUCUAG